AUGGCUCAAUCCCUCCCCCCCUUCGCACCCUUCCCCAUAUCAACCUGGCGCGACAACCUCCCGCCCUCCGACUGGAUAACCUGCCAAGUCGCCUGGUCCACCCUCGCGACCGCCUACCUCGAGCUUCCCGAUGCCGAGCUCAAAGCCAAGCUCUCCAAGGACAGCUCCUCCACAGACUUCCUCCUCGCCUUCGCUGAUGAAGUCUCCCAACAUGGUACGACCAUCCUAGGCUCCUCGCCAGCUUCCAAGACACUACUCAGAACGGUCUUUACGCUCGCCUCCCGCCUCGUCUACCUCCCUUCCUCUCCACUAUUAUCGUGGGAAUUCCUCGCCGACCUCUCCCACAUCUACCCCCGAAAACUCACAACCCCCCUCCUAACCUCCCUCGCCACCAACGACGCGACAAAACAGCCCCUCGAAACCUCCCUCCUCGCCCUCAAGAAAUCCCUCUCACGAGACCUCGAAUCAGGAAUAGACGGCUCCCCGCGCGCCAUCCAAACAACCCUCUCCCGCCUCAACCACCUCCUCCACGCCUCCCCCGACGCGGCUGCCAUCUUCCUCGCGGGCUCCGACUUCCUCGAUGCCCUCGUGGCGGGAUACAGACUUACGGAUCCGCCGUUGCGGAGAACCAUCGUCACGACGACGUAUCUGUGCCUCGUCGGGCUGCUGGCCGAUGGGAAUCCGCGAUUCUCCAUGUUGUCGGAUCAGUUGUAUGCUCUUAAAAUCCACGCGGACACGCACCGCGCCGGUCCGUUAAACGCAAACGACAGCCUCGUCCCCGAACUCGUCACCGCCACCCCUCUCCUCCGACAAACCCUCAACAAAGCCGAAGAAGCAGACGCCGCCACCUCAGCACUAAAGGCCCGCAUCGCCGCGUUGGAGGCUUACAAGAAAGCGUCAGCAAGCACGCGGAAACCGGCCGCGCGGAAGCGCAAGCUGGAUAAAGGCAAGAACGUCGUCGUCCUCGAUGAGGAGAACGAAAGGUUCCGCAAUGAAAUGCACGUGCAUCGCAUGUCGCAGAUCUCUCAGGUCCAGGAUCUCUUUCCGGAUUUGGGGUCGGGCUUCGUUGCGAGGUUGCUGGAUGAGUAUGGGGAGGAUACGGAGGCUGUGAUUGCUCAUUUGCUUGAGGAGUCACUUCCGCCGCAUCUAGCGGACGCUGAUCGCAGCGAGGAAUUAUCAACCCAUCCAGCAAAAACAGUCCACAUGGAGCCAAACCCAACUCCCCCUCUCAUCCCAGAAAGACGCAACGUCUACGACGACGACGAGCUCGACCAGCUCACCGUCGAAACCUCCAAGCUCCACUUCGGUAAACGAGAUCCCGAAAAGACCGCCGACGAGCUCCUGGAGGACAAGUCCGCCGCCCCCGGCAAGGCAGCCAUCCUCUCCGCCCUCGCGGCCUUCGACUCCGACGACGACGAGCGGGACGACACCUACGACGCCGACGACGUGGGUGGCACCGUGGACCCGCUAGCGAACGAGGAAGCCGACGCCGACAGGGAAGUCAUCGAAGAGGCUCUCUACAGAGCUUACCAAGCAAAUCCCAGGGUGUUCGCCAGGGAGGAUUAUGCCAGGACGGGUCACGACAGGGAGAAGCUGCGCCAGGACACGGGCAUGACCGACGACGCCAUCGAAGGCUGGGCCGUCCUGCUCGAGCGCAGCCCCCACCUCAAGCGCCGUCUCGAGAACAAGUACACGAGCUUCAGCGGCGUCCAGACCGAGCUGGUCUCGACCCGCUGGCAAGGAGGAGAUGAAUCCGAGGACGGUGGCGAUUCAUCCGCCGGAAGAGGCGGACACGGUCGCCCGCACCGAGGUCGUGGUGGUGGCCGAGGAAGGGGUCGCGGUCGCGGAGGCGGUAGCGGUAAUGCGCCUGCGGAAUCCAGCGAGAGCACCGAGGCGGCAAGGCGCAGGAAGGAGGCGCACAAGGCUUCAAGAGCGAACCAUAAUAGGCGCGAUCAACGGGCCCGCAAGAUGGCUCGCGGUGGUGGAAUGGUAGGUUAA